AUGGACGAUGAGGCGCUGGAGAAAAAGCUGAUAUAUGCCGACUCCCAUCGCAGACUAACAUACACUUUUCCCAAUCUCAAUGCCGCCACAUUGGAGUCAUGGCAUGUAGAUACUGCAUCGAUAUUGACCACAGCGAGCCUUUCGGCAACCUCAAUCGCGAGCGGCGUCAAGCAUACCUUAUCUACCUGUGCACAAGGUCCUCUCGCCAACAUCGUCCCAAGAGGCAAAUCCGUGUCCGGGAUCACAGCUCCAAUCCUUACCCUCUGCCAUCACACCUCUCUGAUACCGCGGUUCUCUCCUUCGAUGGCAGCACCAUCGGUAGCUAUGCUCGAGAAGUCUCCGAGCGGUCAACGUCCAGAUCCUGCAAUCAACAGGUCGAAAGAAACAGGCGCCGACUCAAUUGCUCGCCUUUCUCGAAAGAAUCGCAAGUCACCAAAUAAAGACGGGAUUCUAUUCAGAGGGUACGGUGCCGUUCCACCUGCUCGACAUUCUCAAGACAACUGCGAGUCACAAAGAAAAGCCGAGCAUAGUAUCGAUCGACCUGCUCACACCCCUCGCCACACACCGAUACAACAGAGCGCCGAUCUACCUCCUCGCUCCGCUCCGGUCAGUCGCAAGCCAGAGCGGAACUCUGACGCUCCAUUUAAAGGGCAACGUGCCGCCCAACCUGGUCAUCUCUCUCGGAACGAUCGCCAUUCAUGGCGAGAUUACGGGAAAUCCCGCCAUCCUGGAGAAGCACGGAGCGAGAUCCACGACCUGGAGCGACAGCUGGAUGCUAUGAAGCUUCAGUUUAUUUACCUCGCAAAUCUGGUGCACGACAUGGACAGCAUUAUUCUGACAAGCUUUUUCAAUGAUCACCACGGUAUCGGUAUGAGCCGUGAAGAGUAUCUCGACGCUGACAUCGAGCUACUGGAGUCAUCUGCCCUUGUUAAGAACAAGUCGCCGAUGAACAUUGCUAGCUGGAACGUGUCGCCUCGCUCGGUGGAGAACAACGUUGCAUUGCAUUUGGCUGCUCUCGACCUCAACAUUCAGAGACGAACUGAGCGAACCGGCGGUCCAGCAGACUUUCAAAGAGUCGCUCAAGCAAUCAACAGCAGGCUUGCACCGGACAAGCGCACUCUUUACAAGCGUGCCCUUCGGGAGAAUCUCGGGUAUGUCGCAAUGGAGAGCCGUGCAGGACUCCCCAAUGGCGAUAGUGUAUUGCCGCAAGGACCUGAGCGUGUCAAGAAGAGCUCGCCAACAAGCAAAGCCAGCCGUAAGGACACAACUCGCAGCCUGGAGACCGAUACUGUCCAGCCUGGUCCGGCGGAAUUAUCUCCGGUGAAUGAUGAUAGCCCGCCUAUUCCAAUGGACCGUACAAUCGCAAAGCAGAAACCUGCUGUAGACCUCAGCAUCGCCAGUCCAGGAGAAUUCGGCACUCCUUUCCAAAAACUCGCGCAUGCAAUCAGCAGAAAGCUUGCAUUCGACAAGAGCGCUCUACGACCCGUGGGAACGCCUCAAGGCGGGAGGACUGAGGGGACCGACAGAGAGAGUAAAGGCAGCACUGUUCGAAUACCACUCCGCACUUUCACCGAACCACCAGGUCUCGAAUCGAAGAGCCGCAAGGAAACGAGGCCACUCCUCGCAACAUUCGUCACAGCACAGCGCCGCCUCAGUCGGUUCCACGCACAGUGGAAAGCAAGCAUGCGAAGUCGACGGUCUACGAAGGCAGCAACAGACUCGUCGGGCAUGUGCCAGAACAGCAGCGACGGCAACGGUAUCAGUGACCGCUCGCCUCUGAAAAUCUUGACAUACUGA